AUGAGAUGUGUUAGGUUGAUUGGUUGUCAUAGAGGGACAGAGACUUUGCAGUUUGAAGAUCAGGAUGCGAUGUCAGAAGAUCAAGUGUUGCAAAAUUAUCCAAUGGAAGACAAUAAAUUUUUUAUGACUACACCAGAAUUUUUCACUAACGAGGUGUUUAGCUCUCAAGAAGAAUUGAUGAAUUGGGUAAAGAACCUGGCAUACUAUGUUGGUGUUGUCAUUGUCACCAAAAGAUCGAACAGUUAUCUUAGUGGUUUCGUGUAUAAAGUUGUACUGAUGUAUGAUCAUGGCGGCAAAUAUAAACAGAAGGGUUCAAUUAGAGCUCCCUGCACAAGAAAAACUGACUGUCCAUUCGAAUUAGAAGCGAAAUAUUCAAAUGAAUAUAAUUAUUGGACGUUAGCAGUCAUAUGUGAUGAACAUAACCAUCGCCCUUUACGAAGUAUGGAGGGUCAUCCAUAUGUACAACGGUUAACUCAAGAUGAGUUUAGUUUAGUUGAAGAAUUGAGAGCGAUGAAUAUGCCCCCACGUGAUAUUUUAUCAAUCGUUAGGGAGAGGAAUCUAAGUAAUGUGUCUAUAAUUAGUACGAUCUACAACGCACGCACUAAACUUCGCAUGGCCGAGCAAGUAGGCAAUUCUCCAAUGCAGGUUCUCAUGGCUCUUUUGCAUUCUAAUAAUUAUGUUUACGAAUUUUCUAAAACUGCUUCGAACGAGCUAGAAAAUCUAUUCUUUGUGCAUCAAACAUCAUUCAGUAUUUGGCGUGCAUUUCCACAUGUGUUGAUUAUCGAUGCCACGUACAAGACCAACUAUUACAAUUUUCCUUUUGUGGAGAUUGUUGGUGUAACGUCGACCAACAAGACAUUUUUGAUAGCUUUUGCAUUUAUACAAAAUGAAAGGACAACUAACUAUACAUGGGUCUUAAAUUGUCUCAAGUUGACUUUAGAUUGUUGCAUGCACCCACGUGUUAUAGUUACCGACAGAGAGUUGGCUCUAGUAAAUGCAUGCAAAGAGAUUUUCCCAGAUGCAGCUCAAUUACUUUGUAGAAUUCACAUCAGUCGUAAUAUUUUCGACCACUGUAGGCAAACUAUCAAGUCAACACGUGAUUGGAGCAACUUUAAUGAAUUAUGGAGUAAACUAGAGAAGUCUACAACCAUGGAUUCUUACACGAAAAAUUACAGUCAACUUCAGUUAUAUUUGACAAAAUAUCCACGUGUUCUUAAGUAUUUGAAUGAAACUUGGUUGGAAAAAUACAAAGAAAUGUUUGUGUCUGUGUGGAUUGAUCAACAUCUCAAUUUUGGAAACAACAACACCAAUAGAGUAGAAAGUCAACAUGCGGUCCUAAAGAAAUAUUUGAAAUCUAAAAGAUGCACUUUGCAUGAACUUGUGGGCUGUAUUAAUCGUCUGGUUCAGUCUCAACAUACGGCGAUCAAAGCAAGCUUCGAAAAAAGCAGAAUUAUCCAUUAUCAGAAGCACAAUCUACGAUGUUUCAAAAUGUUACAUGGUUUUGUUUCCAAUGAAGCUCUCAAUAUAAUUCUUACGAAUUAUCAUCAAGUAGACCCUUCAGAUUGUGAUUGCCGACUUCGCAACAGUUGUGGGUUACCAUGUUCUUGUGAACUUUUGAAGUAUAUAAAUUCAGGUCAAUGUAUUUCAUUGGAUUUGAUUGACAUCUUUUGGAGAAAGUUAGAUUUUUCACCGGCAACAUUUGUGGAAGAUGAUGAUGUUAGUUGUGGGAGUGUACUGGAACAUUUUAAAGAAAACUACAACAAGCAGUCCAAAGAUGGAAGAAAGAGCUGGUUAAGAAAGUUGAAGAAUAUAUUCAGUCCAAGUACAAUCGACAUUCGGGAACCGCGAGUUCAAAAAAAUACCCGUGGACGACCAAAGAAAUCGCAACAAAAAAAACGUGUCAAGUUUUCCUCAACAAGAUAUAGUUGUUCAACCAUUCCCGAUUAUGUCAAUUCGGGUAAUGAGCCGGCCAGACACAACUGUUUAGAAUUUGACCUAAAUGAGGUCCCAACUGAUAGAUGUUUCGAAUUUGACCUAAAUGAGGUCCCAGCUGACAGCUGUUUCGAAUUUGACGAAGGCCCACCCAUGAGUGGUUCAAAUUUAAUGGAUGAUAUUCCGGAAGUCUUUCAUUCAAGCCAACCAUUCUUUCAAGAUCCUUUUAUGAGCCAAAGUCAACACCAGAAUGCAUACUAUCCGGAUCCAUAUGUGUAUACAACCGAAACCCACAAUCCAAAUCCAUAUAUGUACCGCAAUCCAAAUCCAUAUAUGUACCACAAUCCAGAUCCAUAUAUGUAUACACCCGAAACCCAAAAUCUAGAUCCAAGAGAUGGAAACUGUGGAUUUAGAGCAACGACUGUUUGCAUUGGUCGUCAUCAAGAUGAUUGGCGUCAAAUUCGUAUGGAUUUAUUGGAUGAGUUAUCUGUGCAUAAUGCAAGAUACACUACAAUUUUUAACAAAGAAGGCAUACAAUCACUUCAGUACAUGCUGAAUCACUUUGAAGAAGGAUUUGCAGAUCCACCAUAUUGGAUGACUAUGCCAGAGACUGGGUUACUCAUUGCUUCAAGGUAUAAUGUGGUGGUUGUUUUUUUGAGCAAAGAUGGGGAGACAACGUGCUUUCUGCUUUUUACUAGCCCACCAAGUUCACAACCACAUGAUAUUUGUGUAAUUGGACGAGUCAAUCGUAAUCAUUUCAUGAGACUGGUGUUACAAGGAGAUUUUCCGGUACCUCCUACGCAUCCACAAUGGUCUAGUCACGCAUUUGAUCGGGCAUGGGAAAAUCCUUUUUUGGAUAGACAAAAUAUGUAA